ACUCGCCCUCCGCGAGUCGCCCCGUGCCCCCGUCCGGCCGGCCCCAUCCUCGCGAGCAGGGGUCGCGACUCCGUCGACUCGCCCCGUCCGCCGCCUUCCGCCGCCCAGCUGCCCCGCCAGCCGGAGGCCGGAGUGCCUCGCCGACGGCCAGCUCCCCCGCGCCGGCGCGCCCCCGCCUGGCCGCCUCAACCCUUGGCCGGCGCUCGGAGGCCACAGCCAGCCGCCCAGGCACCCACGGCCCACGCCCAGCUGGCGAGCUGCCUAGGCUGCCCGCGCCAGGCCGCCGCAGGGCCUUCUGCAGUUCUGCUGCUCCUCUCUCCUGUUGCCUGCUGCGGUGCUAUCAACUUGGAAGAUGGCAGACGAGGAACAAGCCCCAAGCUCUAGGAAGAGGGUUGCAGGUACCCAAAUCAACAAGGAUAAUCCUGAGCCUGAUGAUGACGGACCAGAGGAAGAGAUGGGUACAUUUAAGAAAGCUACUGAGGAAGUUAUGGCAACCCGGAGAAUUGUAAAGGUUCGGCGCCAGCAGACGUCAUCAGCUCCUUCUUCUAAUCCUUUCUCUGCAAUCAGAUUUGCCCCCACUGAUUCUAGUGCUCAAACAAGCGCCCCUGUCCCAGAGGCCCAACCUUCAGAUGUCCAAGCUGACGAGGGAAGCAAUGGUAGUGGGAAACAUACUUUGUCUGUGCCAGACAAGAAUUCAGGCUCUGGUGUAAAUACUGACUCCAGUGCGACAAUUGAAGCACCACCUCAACCUGUUCAAACCAGUGACAAGGCAGAAGACACAAAGGAUGAAUCUGGUGGAGACAAAGCGGUAGUUGGAGAACCCAACGAAGGUAGCUUCAUGCCAUCUGAAGUUGAGGUCAAAACAAAAGAGGGAGAUGCUGAAGAAAAGGAAAGGGCAGAUGAAGCUGGAAAUAACGAUAAAAUUAGCAAGGAUGAUACUAAGAAUAAAGAUGGAGGUGAAUCAGAGACCAAGGAUGGCUUCUCUGAUGAGCAGAGAGAUGCUGAUAAAAAUAUCAAGGAUGAUAAGAAAGAUGGAGGUGAGUCAGAGCAGAAAGAUGCUGAUAACAAAGGGCAUACAUCAUCAGCAACACCCCUUUUCUCAUUUAAGAAUCUGUCAAGUGGUCAAAAUGCUUUUACAGGUCUGACCGGAACUGGAUUUUCAAGCACAUCAUUCUCGUUUGGCUCAGCCUCUAAAGAUGGCUCAAGUUCUGCCCCCCUAUUUGGGCUGAAAGCUGAUGGUUCUUCGUUCCCUUCUUUUAAUCUUGGUGCUGCCAACAACGGGAGUUCUGCUACAGCACUUGCUACUUCAGCAGAGGCACCCAAGAAAUUUGCUAUGACAGAGGGUCCUGUUGAAACCGGUGAAGAAAAUGAGAAGGCUGUAUUUACUGCUGAUUCUGCUUUGUAUGAGUACCUAGAUGGGGGCUGGAAAGAAAGAGGAAAAGGUGAACUGAAGCUGAACGUCCCUGUAUCUGGCAGUGAGAGAGCCCGGCUUGUCAUGAGGACAAAAGGCAACUACCGGCUGGUCCUGAAUGCAAGCCUCUACAACGACAUGUCACUCAAGGACAUGGACAAGAAAGGCGUUACAUUUGCUUGUAUGAACAGCAUUGGGGAGUCACCGAGCAGCCUUGCCACAUUUGCUCUGAAGUUCAAGGACACAGCCACCAGGGAGGAAUUCAAGGAUGCCGUGGAGUUUCGCAAGACAAGCAAGGCACCGGAUGUGCUGCUGAAGACGCCCGAGAACUCUCCAAAUGCAGCAGAAGUCUGAAGCUGCACUCGGGUCACGCUUACUCGUCCUUUGUACGUGUCGAGGAAGGAGCUGAGAAAUACUUUCUGUUCUGUUAUUGCGGAAUUCUUAAAGAAUGUGGUGUCAUGACAGGAUGUCCUGAGUUGUGUUUGCAUACGGUUCCUUGGUGCUGUUUUUUGGAACAGUGGGUAGCGUGUCGAACUUUCAUUAUUACAGUCAUAAUCUUAGAAUCCUGGAGAUGAGACUCGUUAGAUCUAUUCGCUCGUUUUGUGCUCCGUUAUGUUUGUUCUAUCGGUUAUCAGUUAAGCUAUGCGUGACGUGUUAUCUAGUUAUUAUGUCAUAAAUAAAUGUAUGCAAUUAUGGGUGUCCUGGUUAUUAUA